GCCGCCUAAUGGUUCUAGGUUGCCAUGGUAACAACGCGCCACUCUUUCUUCACGCCGCGGCCGGGUUAACGCAACAAGAGAAAGACAAGGCGGACAGACAUUAUUUUGUUGAUUUCUUGCAUUUCAGACGCUCAACGAUGCCACUCUCCCCAGAGCAGCAGGCAGAAGAAACAAAAACGUGGACUAAUCCCGGAAACCCAGUUUUCACCUGCGUGAUAACUCCAGAAGCAAAACGUCUGAUGUCUGCAGCGGGAGCAAAGCCCGAAAACAUCAUGUACAGGACCACAGCCAGUGACUACGGUCGCCUCCCUCCAACCUUUGAAACCUCUCCGUGCACUUUUCACCCCAAAUCACAGAGAUUCACCAAAGAGCUGGGGAAGAUGGGGAUGUAUCGCAACCACUCCUUUAAUACAUCCCUGGACCGAAGCAAGGUGUGCGACUGACUGUUUUGCAGCACACACCAUUUGAAUAUAUGUCUAAGUCAAAUGUAAUAAGAGUAGAAUUUAAUAUGUGCACACUGAAAUUAAACGGCAUUGUUCUGCA